GUCCUUCUCCGCGGCAGCUCCACAGAGACCGGAACUGGGGCGCGAGGCGGCCCGCCCGAGACCGGAAGCGGAAGCGUGGGGCGGUGCCGCGGAGGGAGCCUCGGGUGGUUUGCUGCGUGGGGUGUGCGGUCUCCUUCGCGCGUGACCGGCUUCACGUGACAGGAAAAGCAUCUCUCGAGCUCCAGUUUGUGUUAAAACCCGCUUCAGGGCCCACCAGCCUCAAAGUCCACCAUCCUCACUGAUCCGUGGAUUUCGGUGUGACCAGGGUCAGGGGCUUUUUGAGCGAUGGUGACCGCGUUUCCCUAGAAGUGGCAGCGUUACAGCCCUGGUGCCGGCGGAGGAUGGGAGUCCUGCCUAGUUGGAGUUCUUCUGGAGCCUGGCCUGCGUGCACUGUGGGGACAAGAGCACGAGCAUCCAGGUUCUCUGUCUGAGUCACAGGAUGGCGGCCAUGGUUCUGUCUCCCACCUGCGCUCAGCCUUCCCUGUACUCGGCCUCCCCUCAGAGAGGAUGCGCAGAGGGGGAAGGGUUGGUUCAUGGCUUCCUGACAGGCUGGUUACCGGACUUGGUGACCUUCGAGGAUGUGGCGGUGGAGUUCAGCCAGGAGGAGUGGGCCCUGCUGGACCCUUCUCAGAGAACACUGUACAGAGAUGUGAUGCGGGAAAACUGCAGGAACCUGGCAUCUCUAGGAUAUCAUGUUGAUAAGCCCAGUCUAAUCUCCCAACUGGAGCAAGAAGACAAGGUGAUGACAGAGGAGCGGGGAAUUCUCCAAGGCACCUGUUCAGAUUUGGAGACUGUACUUAAAGCCAAAUGGUUAACUCCUAAGAAGCAUGUAUUUAGAAAAGAACAUUCUAAUGGUAUAAAAGCGGAAAGAAGUCACCUUGGAGUGAAACUCAAUGAAUGUAACCAGUGCUUUAAAGUCUUCAGCACGAAAUCUAACCUCACUCAGCACAAGAGAAUUCAUACUGGAGAAAAACCCUAUGACUGUAAUCAGUGUGGGAAAUCCUUCAGCAGUAGAUCUUACCUGACUAUUCAUAAGAGGAUACAUAAUGGGGAGAAACCCUAUGAAUGCAACGACUGUGGGAAAGCCUUCAAUGAUCCUUCAUCCCUUAGACUGCAUGUGAGAAUUCACACUGGAGAAAAACCCUAUGAAUGUAAUCAAUGUUUUCAUGUUUUCCGCACUAGUUGUAACCUAAAAAGCCACAAGAGAAUUCAUACAAGAGAGAAUCAUCAUGAAUGUAAUCAGUGUGGCAAGGCCUUCAGCACAAGGUCCUCCCUUACUGGGCACAACAGUAUUCAUACAGGGGAGAAACCUUACGAGUGUCACGAUUGUGGGAAAGCCUUUAGGAAGAGCUCGUAUCUGACCCAGCAUAUGAGAACUCAUACUGGAGAAAAACCCUAUGAGUGUGAUCAGUGUGGAAAAUCCUUCAGCAGUAGCUUUUCUCUGACUGUGCACAAGAGAAUUCAUACUGGGGAGAAACCCUAUGAAUGCAGUAACUGUGGGAAAGCAUUUAAUAAUCUGUCAGCUGUUAAGAAACACGUGAGAACUCACACUGGAGAAAAGCCCUACGAAUGUAAUCACUGUGGAAAAUCUUUCACCACUAACUCUUACCUUUCCGUGCACAAGAGGAUUCAUAAUAGGUGGAUAUGAGUACAAUAACCAGGAAAAUAUUCGUUGAUUUCUCAUCCCUCCGGCAACCGAUGGUAACUCACUAUAGAUGUAUGCGUUAUCUGUUGCUGCAUAUUUCCCUCCAAAACAUUGUGGCUUCAGACAACAUACAUUUAUCUCACAAUUUCUGUAGGUCAGGAAUUUGGAAAUGGCUUAGCUGUGUAGUUCUGGCUUCAGGAUCUGUCAUGAGGUGAGGUCAAGACGUCAGCUGGAACAACACUCAUCUGAGUCUUUACUGCUGAAGAAUCUACUUCCAAAAUAGCUCACUCACGUGUCUGGCAGCUUAAUGCCAGUUGUUGGCAGGGAACCUUCGUUACCUCACUCUCCACAGGGCUAAGUAUCUUUAUGAUGUAGCAGCAGGUUCCUCCCAAAGCAUUUGAUCUGUGGGAGAACUAAAUGCAAAAGCCACAUUGACUUUAUCAACCUAGCCUCAGAAGGACAUAUCACUUCUUCCAGACUGUAUUGCUCAUAUAAUGUGGGAAGAAAUUACACAGGGUAUGUAUAUCAGGAGACAGAUUGUAAGAAACCAUCUGAGAAGCUUGCCGUGAAAUCAGUGGAGAAAAGCCUUUAGCAGACUCUCAUUCUAUCCUAUAUGAAGUAGCCUUCAAUAACUCAUAUUAAUUCACUCUGGAGAGAAAUCUCACAUGUGCAAGCUUUGUGGUAAGCUUGUCAGCUCAAACUCACCCCAAUGUGCAGAAAAGAUUAUGUAUGGGGAGAAACCUGAGGAAUGCAGUAGCUGUAGGAAAGCCUUUAUGAUAUUUCUAGGGAGUCAGGUGAUAGUUCACACUAUGGAGAAAGCCUUUUCAAUAUCAUCAGAAUGCAAAAGCCUUCAGGGACACUCAUCCCUUAGAGCACAUGUGAGAAACCACUAGAGAGGAAUAUCUGUAGAAAGAAUGUGGAAACCCCUUCAGCACAAGUCUUUGCAUUAACUGAGCAAAAGACAGGGAAAUAUUCUGAAUACAAUUACUAUGGGAAGGCCUUGAAUGUUCUCUGAAUUUUUAAGAAGCAUGAGGAUUUCUUCUGGAGAGAAAGUCCUAUUGAAUGUCAUCAGUACUGGAAAGUCAUUUUUCCACAUUCCUUAGGAAACUGAGAAUUCACUGCAAAGACGCUUGUGAAUAAAAAGACCAAGGGAAUGCCUUUAAUAAUACCUCCUACAUUAGGAAAAAUAGGAAGUUUUCUCUGGAUGCAAAACUUGUGGGUGUAUUAAUUUUGAAAAAUCUUUCAGUGAUUCUUUGUUGAUUUAUGAGAACUGACUUUGGAGGCAAACCCUGGAAAAGUAAUCAGUAUGAGGAUGCCUCAGCUCUUUACUGAGUGGCCACAAAAUAAACUGGGACCAGACAUUUAUUAAUAGUUGAGUGUGGGAUUACUUUUACAGUGUCUCAUCCUAAGAUUGGGCCACUAAUUUGUUAGUUUUCAGUCUUUUUGUUUUAGUAUAAACACUUAUGUCUAGAGCCAUACUCUAAAAUAAAUGUUAUGUUCCAUAGUUUUGUAUUUAGUAUGUUUGCUAUAAUUUACUCUUUAAAAAUAUCAGUACGUAGCAUAUUCAAAAAAGCAUUUCUGAAUAUCUCCUGAGUGAAUUAGUUUAUCAUAGUGUAAAUUAGACUAUAUUUACUAUAUACUUUUCCUAGUUUAAUGGCAUUUUUGUCAGGUAAGUGGAGUUUAUGACACUGAUUCUUUUUUAUCUUUCUACCCUGGUAUGGUAUUUUGUUUAGCUUCUUUCCCAAUGUCCAUUCUCCCCUACUUACUUACUUUAAAAAUGUUUUCGUUGUUUUUCAAGCUGUCAAUGAGCAGGAUUGAAAAUACUCAAUCUCCAAGGCUUCUUUGAAGCCCAGAGGGGUAUUGCCUUGCUCUGCUGACCAUGAGAAAUAGGUAGGAGUCACUAAGGAGAACAUCAUCUGACUUGUUUGCUUCACCUAUAUUCUAUUCAUCUUACCUGUUCUUUCUCUUGAAAGUGGACUCAAGGCAAGAGUUGAAAGAGCUAUAUUUUGAUCAUGAUGACAAAAACCACAGUGCAGCAAAAAAUCACAAUGAUAUGGGCUCCUCCAAAAUCUCUGAUUGGCGAUAUCAGCUCUGGACUGCUUGUUCACAGACUUGUCCUUAUAUGAUUAAAAAUAACCUCUAACUGGUUGAAGCCAAAGUCAUUUUUAUUUUUUGGUUUGUUUUUGAGGUGGUAUUCUGUUCAUGUCCAGCUGAAUGCAAUAUCUAACUAGUCAACCUAUUAGUUGGUCACAUUUUGUAAGUGUUCAUGUUUCUUUGAAAAUAAUGUAUAUUCUCUUAAGUUUUAGAUGUAGAGUAUGUGCCUAUUAACUCAAGCUAAUUGUGUUUUCAGAGAUAGUAUGUACAUUCAGAUUUUUGUCCUCAGACUUAUUUAAUGAUAGAUAUGUAUUAAAGUCUUAUGCUCUGGAUAUGGAUUAACA